AUGCCAACUAUGAUCUUUUACCUGUCAGAGCGUCUCGAGUCACGCCACGUCUACCGCGGACUGUGGUUGUGUGGGUUGUGGGCUGAUGAAGCACGAGCUCGUUUGAGUUCGUCAAAGAUGAGGUUUUGUGCUUUGUAUUGCAGGGCAGAACGCUGGGCUUUUCACUCAGAGGAAGCUUGAUCGAGUUAAUUGAGACACACUUGUUGCUGAAUUAUUAUCCAUUGAUUCUGAAUUGGAGCCAUGGCGGGCGCUACUUCGACAUCGUGGUUGCAUUCCGCAAAGACGUCUGUGCCGUCGCUUGUGUCUGCAUUACCCCGCAAGCAGUGCACAUCAAGCUUCAGGAAGUCUGUGAGCGUUGUGAGGGCCGAGCAGAAAGACUCUAACCUCAGUACUGCAGAAUCUGAGGCGGAGACUCCGGCACCAGCGCCAUCUCCUGCGUCGGAGACGACUGUGAACUCUGAUUUUAAGGGUGGGCCGUUCACUGUUCGGUCUGACAUGAUUGGUGCUGUAUUGGGGGGCUCGUUAAAUGUGCCUUUUCGAUUGGGUUCUGGCGCACUUGUCAAAGGAUACAAAGUAGAGAAUAAACCUGCAGCAGAAGUUGGAGAUGACAAAUAUGCUAUUCCAUUUGCAGGGCGCAAGUUUGUGGAGGUCGCCAAUCCAGGGCCUAGGCCUGAAAAACCCAUUGAGAUUUACGAGUUUGAAGGUUGUCCUUUUUGCCGAAAGGUGAGGGAGAUAGUUUCCAUCUUGGACAUCGAUGUGAUCUUCUACCCAUGUCCGAAGAAUGGUCCUAACUUCCGUCCAAAGGCUAAUGAGAUGGGCGGAAAGAAGCAAUUUCCUUACAUGGUUGACCCCAACACAAAUGUUGCCAUGUACGAAUCUGACGACAUCAUCAAAUAUUUAGUUGAAAAAUACGGUGACGGACAAGUGCCAAUUAUGCUCAACCUCGGUGCAUUGACGACAAUAACAGCUGGCCUUGCUCUAAUUGGGCGUGCGGGAAAGGGCUCCACAUAUGUACCCGCUAAAUUGCCUGAGAAACCAUUAGUACUGUGGGCUUAUGAGUCUUCUCCAUUCUGUAAGAUUGCGAGGGAAGCCUUGUGUGAGCUCGAGAUUCCUCACGUUUAUCGCAGCUGUGCUCGAGGAAGUGCCAAGAGGGACCUACUGAAACAGAAGACCGGCAAGUUUCAGGUGCCAUACCUGGAGGAUCCUAACACUGGAGCAGCAAUGUUCGAAAGUCACGACAUUGUUGAGUAUGUAAGGAAGACAUAUGCUUUGGCUCAAAACUAAGAAACCUGCUUGUGAGAUUUGUCCUAGUUUAAAUCGUUCACUGAAGUUUGCUGAGGUAACAGUAUGAAACUCUUACAUUGUAACAUACUGAAGCGAGCAUUUGUACAUUGUACUUUUUGAGCAUCCCUUCUCGUCUAGAGUGUCAAGAGCUUUUCUUAAACCUUUGCAAUUGUUUCUGGUUUGACGCACCAACUCAUAGCAAAGAUACUUCGAAAAUUGUAAAUCAUAUGUCCUAAUAUUAACCCCCUCAGGUUCUCCAUUAUUGGAUCAAUGUUCUAAAGCAA